UCUCCAGCUCUCUCACCUGAACCCCCGAAGCGCAGUUUCUUCUUUCUGGACUAAAGCCGAACCCGCCGGCAGUGGAAGGGCCCCCGCCCACCCCCACACAGCCUAAGCUGCAAGCCACUUGCUUUACAAGUCCAAAGGUCAGCUAAAGUUUGGCUGAUAAACAGACUUGAUAGAGGAGAUUUGGAGCCCCCCAGCGUGAGUACAAUGGGCCCUGGCAAGUCCCGAUCCUGGCCCAAGUCUCCCGGCUCCGUUGGACUGUCCCUUAGGCUCUCCCACUCACUCGGUUUUUCCCCCUCCCCACCACCAUUUGCAUCUUGCCGAAAGCUGAGCCCUUCCCACUCAUUUGCAUAUCUUAUAUGGCCUAAUGGUGGCGAUCAUGGCAAGUUAGAAGUUUUCUGACUCCUCUCGGAGGAGUCUCCGGGACCCUGGGGAGUAACAGGUGUCUGAAAGCUAAAGGGUGGAGGGGUUCCAGGACUUGGGGUUCUCUUGUAAAACUCCCCUCCACCCUCUUCUCUCACACCCACCCAUCCCCUCACCCCCUUCUUUUUCUGUCCUUGGAAAAUGGUGUCCAAGCUCACAUCGCUCCAGCAAGAACUCCUGAGCGCCCUACUGAGCUCCGGGGUGACCAAAGAAGUGCUGAUCCAAGCCUUGGAGGAGUUACUGCCAUCUCCGAAUUUUGGGGUGAAACUGGAGACCCUGCCUCUGUCCCCCGGGAGCGGGCCAGAUCUGGACACCAAGCCGGUUUUCCAUACUCUCACCAAUGGCCACGCCAAGGGCCGCUUGUCUGGGGACGAGGGCUCGGAGGACGGCGACGACUAUGACACCCCUCCCAUCCUCAAGGAGCUGCAGGCGCUCAACACUGAGGAGGCCGCGGAACAGCGGGCCGAGGUGGAGCGGAUGCUCAGUGAGGACCCUUGGAGGGCUGCCAAAAUGAUCAAGGGCUACAUGCAGCAGCACAACAUCCCCCAGAGGGAGGUGGUUGACGUCACGGGCCUGAACCAAUCCCACCUCUCCCAGCACCUCAACAAGGGCACCCCCAUGAAGACCCAGAAGCGAGCUGCCCUGUACACCUGGUACGUCAGAAAGCAACGGGAGAUCCUCCGACAGUUCAACCAGACAGUCCAGAGCUCUGGAAAUAUGACAGACAAAAGCAGUCAGGAUCAGCUGCUGUUUCUCUUUCCAGAGUUCAGUCAACAGAACCAGGGGCCUGGGCAGUCCGAGGACACCUGCUCUGAGCCCGCCAACAAGAAGAUGCGCCGUAACCGGUUCAAAUGGGGGCCCGCGUCCCAGCAAAUUUUGUACCAAGCCUACGACCGGCAAAAGAACCCCAGCAAGGAAGAGAGGGAGGCCUUAGUGGAGGAGUGCAACAGGGCAGAAUGUUUGCAACGAGGGGUCUCCCCCUCCAAAGCCCACGGCCUAGGCUCCAACUUGGUCACCGAGGUCCGCGUCUAUAACUGGUUUGCAAACCGCCGGAAGGAAGAAGCGUUCAGGCAGAAGCUGGCCAUGGAUGCCUAUAGCUCCAACCAGACGCACAACCUGAACCCGCUGCUCACCCACGGCUCCCCCCACCACCAGCCCAGCUCCUCUCCUCCCAACAAGCUGUCAGGAGUGCGCUACAGCCAGCAGGGAAACAAUGAGGUCACUUCCUCUUCAACAAUCAGUCACCAUGGCAACAGUGCCAUGGUGACCAGCCAGUCGGUUUUACAGCAAGUCUCCCCAGCCAGCCUGGACCCAGGCCACAGUCUCCUCUCACCUGAUGGUAAAAUGAUCGCGGUCUCGGGAGGAGGACUGCCCCCGGUCAGCACCCUGACAAAUAUCCACAGCCUCUCCCACCACAAUCCCCAGCAAUCUCAAAACCUCAUCAUGACUCCUCUGUCCGGCGUCAUGGCCAUAGCACAGGGCCUCAACACCUCCCAAGCCCAGAGCGUCCCAGUCAUCAACAGUGUGGCUAGCAGCCUGGCGGCCCUACAGCCCGUCCAGUUCUCCCAACAGCUACACAGCCCUCACCAGCAGCCCCUCAUGCAGCAGAGCCCGGGCAGCCACAUGGCCCAGCAGCCCUUCAUGGCUGCGGUGACUCAGCUACAGAACUCCCACAUGUAUGCACAUAAGCAGGAACCCCCUCAGUAUUCCCACACCUCCCGGUUUCCCUCUGCGAUGGUGGUCUCGGAUACCAGUAGCAUCAAUACCCUCACCAGCAUGUCUUCCAGUAAACAGGGAAACAUGUCGAGCCUCAGUUUCCUUCUGCACACAAUGAAAUCUCUUUCAUGGGAUCAUUGCAAGGACUGACUUCGAGAAGACCCCAGUCGAACGCAUCCCUCCAUGUUUGACCCAAGGGAACAUCCAGGUCAUGGAAGCUGGGUCGCAUCUGCUUUCUCCUGCUAAUAGCGCUGCACAUCUCCAGAGUUUCAGAAAGAGGUUUAUAAAUGACCAAGAAAACUUAUUUCCCCCUAUAGCACCACUCAGAUUUUUUUAUAAAGAUGCAUUUAUUUUUGCUUUAUGUGUGUUAGCGUUUUGCCUGCGUGUAUCUCUGUGUACCGUGUGCAUGUAUAGUGCCCAAGAGGGCCAGAAAGUGGUGUUGAUUUCCCUGCGACUAGAUUUAUAGAUGGUUAUUAAUGCUGGGAACGGAACUCUAGUCCUCUAUAAAAGCAGCAAGUUCUUUUAACCUCUGAGCUAUCCCUCAGAGGUUAGCCCCAGGACUUUAACCUCUGAGCUACCCCUCUGACCCCAGGACACCGGUCGUACAUCACAGCUAAGUGUGAAAGCUUUGCCACUGUAGGUCCUUAUGUAUUUUACUUAUAGUCCGUAUAAAUUGUAGUCCCCCACAUCUCUAAAAGUAUAAAAUAUAAUUAUUACUUUCACUUAAUAAAGCUACAAUUAGCCUAACAGAAAUUAACAAUAGACAUGAGAUGUUUGUAGUCCUCAGUCUUCUCUCUCUUCUUACUCCCAACUCAGUUUUGAGACCGGUGUAGGCUGGCUUCUAGCCUCAUCCUCCACUGUGUUCAUAUCCCCACCACCUCCUCCGUGUUGCAGAUUCAGCGGCUGCUUUCUGGUGCCGUGCCACAGCCCAUGGCUCCCUCCUUUUUCC